AGACUCUCUUCAGGGGAAGGGUCCACCUCCCGCCUCAGCAUGUCCCGAAGAAGCCAGCGUCUCACGCGCUAUUCCCAGGGUGACGAUGAUGGCAGCAGCAGCAGCGGAGGGAGCUCGGUGAUGGGAAGCCAGAGCACCCUGUUCAAAGACAGUCCUCUCAGGACCUUGAAGAGGAAGUCCAGCAACACAAAGCGUUUGUCCCCAGCCCCACAACUGGGCCCAUCCUCGGAUGCUCACACCUCCUACUACAGCGAGUCUAUGGUCCAGGAAUCCUACAUAGGUAGCCCCCGGGCUGCAUCCCUGGCCAGAAGCGCCCUCCUCAACGACCUGCACAGUGACUCCUACUGGAGUGAGGACCUGCGAGUGAGGAGGAGGAGAGGCACAGGCGGCACCGAGAGCAGCAAGGCCAAUGGGCUCACGGAGGGCAAGGUCUCCGAGGACUUCCUCGGCUCUUCCUCGGGCUACUCUUCUGAGGACGACUAUGUGGGCUACUCAGUCGCAGGCCAGCAGAGUUCAGGGUCGCGGUUAAGGAGUGCUGUCUCACGGGCAGGCUCCUUUUUAUGGCUGGUGGUCACUUCUCCAGGCCGGCUCUUUGGACUUCUCUACUGGUGGGUUGGCACCACCUGGUACCGCUUGACGACAGCUGCCUCUCUCCUUGAUGUCUUUGUUUUAACCAGGCGCUUCUCGUCCCUGAAGACGUUCCUCUGGUUCCUGCUACUGCUGCUGCUGCUGACCUGCCUGACAUAUGGUGCUUGGUAUUUCUACCCCUACGGACUGCAGACAUUCCACCCUGCUGUGGUUUCUUGGUGGGCAGCAAAGGACAGCAGAAAGCAGCAUGAGGCAUGGGACUCCAGAGACUCGCCCCCACAUUUCAAGGCCGAGCAGCGCAUCCUGUCCCAAGUGCACUCUCUGGAGCGGCGCCUGGAAACUCUUGCUGCCGAAUUUUCUUCCAACUGGCAGAAGGAGGCCAUGCGACUGGAACGCCUGGAGCUGCGGCAGGGGGCCUCUGGCCAGGGAGGCGGUGGCGGCCUGAGCCAUGAGGACACACUGGCCUUACUAGAGGGGCUCGUGAGCCGUCGUGAGGCUGCCCUGAAGGAAGACUUCCGCAGGGACACAACUGCCCGCAUCCAGGAAGAACUGGCUGCCCUGAGAGCAGAGCAUCAGCACGAUGCAGAAGAUCUCUUCAAGAAGAUUGUCCAGGCCUCCCAGGAAUCCGAGGCUCGCAUCCAGCAGCUGAAGUCAGAAUGGCAAAGGAUGACGCAGGAGGCCAUCCAGGAGAGCUCUGAGAAGGAGCUGCGGCGGCUGGAGGACCAACUGGCAGGCCUGCGGCAGGAGCUGGCGGCCCUGGCGCUGAAGCAGAGCUCAGUGGCGGGUGAAGUGGGCCUGCUGCCCCAGCAGAUCCAGGCUGUGCGGGACGACGUGGAAUCUCAGUUCCCUGCCUGGAUCAGCCAGUUCCUCCUCCGAGGAGGCGGCACCCAUGCCGGGCUCCUCCAGAGAGAGGAGGUGCAAACCCAGCUGCAAGAGCUGGAGAGCAGGAUCUUUGCCCACGUGACAGAGAUGCAGGGCAGGUCGGCCAGGGAGACUGCAACCUCCCUGGGACUGACACUGCAGAAGGAAGGCAUGGUCGGGGUGACUGAGGAGCAGGUACACCGCAUUGUGAAGCAGGCCCUGCAGCGCUACAGCGAGGACCGCAUCGGCAUGGUGGACUACGCCCUGGAAUCAGGAGGGGCCAGUGUUAUCAGCACGCGCUGUUCUGAGACCUACGAGACCAAGACAGCCCUCCUCAGCCUCUUCGGCAUCCCCCUGUGGUACCACUCUCAGUCACCUCGAGUCAUCCUGCAGCCAGAUGUACACCCAGGCAACUGCUGGGCCUUCCAGGGGCCGCAGGGCUUUGCUGUGGUCCGCCUUUCUGCCCGUAUCCGCCCCACGGCUGUCACUUUAGAGCACGUGCCCAAGGCCUUGUCACCCAACAGCACCAUCUCCAGUGCCCCCAAGGACUUCGCCAUCUUUGGCUUUGAUGAAGACCUGCAGCAGGAAGGGACUCUUCUUGGCAAGUUCACUUAUGACCAGGAUGGCGAGCCCAUUCAGACAUUUCAUUUUCAGGCCCCUAAGAUGGCAACAUACCAGGUGGUGGAGCUGCGGAUCCUGACUAACUGGGGCCACCCUGAAUACACCUGCAUCUACCGCUUCAGGGUGCACGGGGAACCCACUCACUAGCCCUGCUUUCUCGUGCCUGCUGCCAGCCAUCUGGGAGUCAGGGAACAGUACUCAUCAUGGCCCCCACCUGCUUGAGCCACGCGCUGACUUCCAGGAACAAGAAAGGAGCC